AUGGCAGGAGGACCUUCAAAUCUGAAGGAGGAGAUGGAGGUGUCGGAGCUGACAGUGGAGGAAGAGGAGGUGACUGCCUCAAGCCAUCUUCAAGGCCAAGAGCCCCAGGUGACAGAAAUACUGGAGCGUGGAAUCCGGUCCCUGGGUGUCAUUCACCGCCGACAGAAGUUGGAUUCAAAACUGCCUGGCUCUACUGCAAGCCAACAGAACUGGAUUGUGACUGUCCCCAAGACCAAGAAAUGGGUGUCCCAGCUUCCCAGGAUGCUGAGAGAUCCAGGACAUGGAGAAAGCUACAGCCAGGAGGGUGCCAGCAGCUCCCUGACUGUGGGAUACCGAUCUGAGCGCCGCAUGGAAACAGACAGAGUGGUGGAGAUUGGCCCGGAGGAGCUCGGUGGCCUGGAGUUGGAGGUCAUGAGGCGCCAGAUCCAGAUGAUCACUGGGCGCCUGCGGGACCUGGAAGAGCAGAGUGCCACGUGGCGCCAGCGGGAUGUCCUGUUGGUCACCAUGCUGGUGUCGGCCUGCAUCGCCAAUCUGUGGCUGUGGAUGCGCCAGUAAAUGCCUGCUCGCCUCAAGCCCUGUGCUCCCACCACUUCACCCCUAUUUCAUGGCCUUUGCAUAUGCUAUG